AAUUUGCAAUGGUGAAGAAUUCGAUACCAGGGCGCUUGGAGGCUGAUUGGGGUGCAUUGUGAGGGGCCUGGGGUCGCUGAUUGGUUCAAGGAAAGCACCAUAACUACAAGGAGUUUAUAUUCAUUCAACUUGUUGAAGUGCUCCUACUGCAGCCUGGAGAGAAGUCUGUGCUUGGACUGUGGCUUCCAGAGUCUGGAUUCAUCAAGCAGUGAUCCAAAUGAGGGACAACACAUUCUGACAUGGACUGAUCUGACCACGAUCUUUCAAAAUGGCAAACGCAGACAGUGAGGUCAAGACAUUGCUGAAUUUUGUGAACUUGGCAUCCAGCGAUAUCAAAGCGGCCUUGGACAAGUCCGCUCCGUGCAGACGCUCCGUGGAUCACAGGAAAUAUCUGCAGAAGCAACUUAAACGUUUCUCCCAGAAGUACUCCAGAGUCCCAAGGUGCCAUGCGCACAGGUCGGCUGAGUAUGGGUGCGUGAAACCGGUGGGGACUGCUCAUCAGAGUGUGAAGGUCGCAGACAGGGCCAGCAGCUCGGAUGCGCAAGGUGUGGAGAGCACAGGCAACGCUGUGGAGCAGGUGCCCAUGAGGAAACGCCAACUCCCAGCAUCGUUUUGGGAGGAACCCAAGUUGACCCAAACUAAGAGGGAGCACUCACAUUUGGGAUUGAAAAAGCACCCUGCAGUAACAGCUGAUGGCAACGAAAACGAGAAGAGGAAAAGGAGUUAUGGUGAUGACGCAAAAGCCGCUCUGUCUGCGGAAAAGGAGACUCUUAAAUUGGACCUGAGCUCUCAUCACUGCGUGAGUGUGUGCGCCUGCUGCCCCUUCCAGUACCACGGACACCAGGUCCUCCACAGUCACAUUGUUGUCCCCCACGCGCACCCGGGGCUGUGGAGCAAGGCAGCUGAGACAGAGAGACUCGAGCAUCCUUAUGGACAGAACAUACACACGCACGUGGUGGUCAAACCAAUACCGACCAAACCAACCGUUCAGUCCCCAAUCUUCAGCGUGUUUGGAUUCAUCUAAGCACUCCUUUUUUAUGUAAAUAAGACUAAUUAACAUGUUAUGUGGUGCACAAGAAACUCUUCCAUUUUCAACAUUUUUACAUGAUCCCCAAGCACUUAUUGGAAUGCUUCUUAUUUUUGUAUUGUUUCAAUCUAAAGGACUGAGUUGCACUUGCAGAACAACGUCAUCGCUCUCUUACAUGCCAGUCUGAUGCCUUCAAGUGUCUAAAAACUGACAGUAAGUUUAAAGGUUUCUACUUUUAGGCUUCUACAGAGAAGACUGCUUUUUUAAAGUACCAAAAGUCAUGCAAAUAAAAGAAAACAUCCUG